AAAUAGCAGUCGGCGUUACGCCUGCGUGACACGCGGUUGUGAUCGGGACGUUGCUCACUGCAGCGCGGCCGACGCGUUGCAACGAUUGCCUGUGGAAGGUGGGCCUGCAAUGAGUAGCACUCCCAACGGGUCUCCCUCAAAGGCUGCUCCAAGUCCUCCUCUCCCACGUGGUGUCCUUGGUAGAAGUGGGACACCCCUGCUCCCUGGGACACGGUUACCUUCCUUGAGAGGACCCAGAGACUUAACAUUAUCUGGAAGCCCUGGACAGAAGAGAACCUUUGCUCCUAAGGUUGAUGCACCUAGAAAAGCCACUUCGGGUAGAGAUGAUGAAGGGUUUGGAAGGGGCAAAGGUUAUGAAGGCAGUCGUGGAUCCUUCAACCAUGGAGGGCGAGGCUCACGGCGGGGCAGAGGGGGCCACCACCCAGAUCGAGGAGCCCGUUUCAUCCAGACACAAGGAGCCACAUUUUCUCAGGGUGUGGAAAGCACAAAGACAAGUGCGCCUGUCAAAUGGAACAAAUGCGAGUCCACACCUGUUGAGAGACCCAAGUACCAGGGUCCCAGCAGUAGCAACCAGACAGCGGAAGAGAAGAUUCAGGAUGAAAAGAAACUGGAACUGCUUCUUAGGAGUGAUUUCAUAGAUGAUGGGCACGUGGAAAUGCCUCGUCUGUGUCCAACCACCCUACCGCUGAUAACGCCGUCUGUUACGGCCUCUGAGCGGAAGCCAAUGGUCAAGGCCGAAGGGGGGCCAGCCAUCAAGCAGGAGCCCUUGGAUGGGCCUGCCCUGGAUAAUGUUGCACCGCGUACAGCUCUAAACAGACCUACCCUGGCUGACCUAUGCAUGGACCCAAACCUGCCUGAAAUUGGACAGCUACUGUUCUUUCAGCUUCCAGACAGCUUACCUGGCCUUCAACUUCCAGCAGAGCCAUCUCAAAAAGAAGCUGCAAGCAGUAUUGUUAAAGUUGAGGAACAGCAGUCACAAAAUGGCCAGAUCAAGCUGAGACAGUUUCCUGAAGGAUACAUUGGCAAGCUGCAGGUGAUGAAAUCCGGGCGUGUCCGCUUGGUUCUCGGUACUGUAGCCCUAUCAGUGGACACGGGCACCCAUUUGUCCUUUCACCAAGAACUUAUGUCUGUGAGGCUAUCUGAAGUUGGAGGGGCUGAUGUCUCUGUUCUUGGACACAUACUCAACAAGCUCAUAUGUCUGCCUGACAUGGAACAGCUCCUUGCAGCGAACUCUCAGGAAAUUUCCUGAGAAUGGCUCUCUAAAAAAUAAAAAUGCAAAUAAAUAAAAGAGCCAAUGUAUAUAUAAUAAAUAUGCAUGUCUGUAAAAUAG